AGCGGUGCUAAAUUUGUGUGUAAAAUGGAAUAUCUUUGCAAUAACUCAUCAAAAUACUACACAUUUCGCUAGUAACUAUCUACUAGCUAUUACGGAAGUGUUAGUUAAGCGGAUUUGACGAUGGCUGCAGAACACAGAUCCGAAAUGUAUCGGGCGGCCAAUCAUAACGCGGUGCCAGCAGAUCAUUCGAAGUCUACCGCUACAGCAACGGCAACUCCUUUAACAAACGCAUCCGCGAAACAUAAAAGCUGGACCGACUUUCCAGCGCCUGGCCAGUAUCCUGCGAGUGUGGCUACACCUUUAAUUUCCGCAAUUAAAAGUUUCCCGCCGAACGUGCUUGAAAAGAUCGCCAUGGAGAGCGUUAACAAAAAUACUCUACCGACAAACUCGCCGCUAUCGGGAGCCUCGAGCUCCAAGGCACAGUACAAAUCUUCACCCUACAAUGGAAAUGGCUUUGGUAACAAAGCUUCUACCACAAACGACGUUGACGCGGCAGAGAGGGAAAUCCUUUCCUACCAAAACUCGCUGCCGAAUGCAUACGCCAACCAGCUACUCAAGAUAACAAAGAACCUCGUGGAAAAGACGCAAGCACGUGCUUUAAAUGAUACGGAUAUGCUGUAUCAUGCAAGUGGUCUGCCGCAGGCAGAAAUCUACAGGCGCAUCGAAACGAAGCAUAAUGACAAACCGCGAUCCGUCCUGUCAGUAGAUAGUUGGGCAAGUCCUGGAGAUGCGGUAAUGAUGCAAACGAAAAACUCCAAUGUACUGCUUACACUGGUUAAACCGAAAGUAACUUCACCGGCACCGGCCCGUGUUUAUGGUGCACCGGAUGUGCACCUCAGUAGGCCAGCCUACAUUAGUAAGGAUCUAUCGUACCCCAGUUCGAGCAACUGUAACGAGCACGCGGAUGGAGUGUUGAAUUUGGACACGAAAUAUGAUGCGUCCACAGUGAAGCCUCCAAUUCAUCCUGGAGUAAACACCAGUUUGCCCAUUCGAAUACCGAAAGUAUCGAAUAUAGUAACAUUUGUGAAAUACGGCAAUGCAGCAGACAAGGGACAGACGCCACGAAUCCCUGUCCCUACGAAUUUCAAUGCUUCCGCGCCUUCCUGCUCCUCCGCCAAUCAGCCCUCUUUAGGUAUUGCCGCGAUUCCGUAUUCUGCAUUGCCCCUGAGAUACAACCUACCGAUCAGAGUAAAUGACAUUCCUCCAGAAACUCGCGAAACAUGGGAAAACAUACAGAAAAACAAUCUGCAACGGUUGCUAGCUCAAAUGCAGAGUACGUGCAACAUGCAACUACCAGUGAGAGAAACAUUAGUUACAAAUGGCGUACCUUCAAAUGGAAAUGGAAGCAGUAAUCCAUGUUUUCUUGUGGAAACCGAUCCUGCAAAGAAAAGAAAGAAUGGUAAUGGAUUGCCUGAUGUGAAAAAGAAGCCUCGUAGUCGACCACGAAACAAAAUGCGCCCACUGGAGCCGUUCCUUCAGGAUGUGCCCUGCUACAACCUACCACCUCGAUUACCGCGUUGUCGCGAAUGUGGCCGAUCGCGCACUACACGUACGCGAAAUUCCGUCAAUAUUUUCUGUCGCUUCAUAGCGUUCCGCAAGCUCAAGUACAAUGAAAUUGGAAAGGUGGAAAUAUUCGGGUUCGCAGAUCCGCGGCAGGACCCGGGCGAAUCUGAUACUAACCUGUGGAGCGCCAAUCUGAAGCAGGUGCCCGUUGAUCUAUCUACAGAGAAGUCCAAGUUUUUGCUCGGUCAGGUGGGUUACAUGUUUUGCGAACUAUUCCAUCAAGAAAAGGAAGCCUACUUUGAGCACAUGGCAGAAGAUAAAACCGUUGCUUGGAAACAGGCCGUUCAAGGGGUGCGAGAGAUGUGCGAUGUGUGUCAGACGACACUCUUCAAUCAUCAUUGGGUGUGCAGUACCUGCGGAUUCGUGGUAUGUCUGGACUGUUACAAGUGUCGCAAAAAUGGUAUUCGAACGAUUGAAUCAACGACCAAAGAUAAAGACGCUGACGGAUGGUUGCUAUGUACCGUUACAAAGGAACCGCACCUCCAGUCCCUUCUGAUGUUAACACAAAUCAUCCCGGGCAACUGUCUGUACAAGUUGGUUCACCAAAUGCACGGUAUCUGUGCUUUGCUUGAGAUUCCGCUCAACUGUGAGUGCCCGUUGAGUCAGGUGGCACGCUUUCGGAAGAUCAAAGACAAAUUCCAAUUCCUUUAUCCUUUUACGAUGCCCACCACUAAUGGCGGAGCAACGAGCGGGGAAACGAGAGGCCCACAGACGACCAAUGUUACAGAUCUGGUUUCGGUUACGGUUAAAGAGAUAACCCCAAUACAGGACGAGGGGAAAGACGGAAAAUCGAUUAACUGCAGUAUCGUGUUUGCAAGGCAUUUGCGAACAAACCUACAGACAGCAGCAGCGACCGGAACGGAACAAGGUGGUGCAGUCUCACCGCAUCGAGAGAAACAAAGCUAUAAUUUCGAUGGUUUUCAACAAGAGAUUCGAACGGACGGUGAUCAUUUCGAUGAAAGUCUGUACAAAUUGCCUACUUCAACGAGUCAGAAUACGAAAGACAACUUGGACACUGAAGCAAAAGUGGAAGUAAUAGAAACGAAUGAUACAGCGAUAAAGCUGGAUGUUCCCGAAGAAGAACGCCAUAAUACCACCAGUUGUGAAAGCAUGGACAGUGCGUGCUCCGAUAAAAACGAUCUCAAUUCAAGUGCCAACGAUGGCACUAGUGCCUCUAUCGAGUGUAAAACGGAACUGUCGGAAUCAACAUCAACUGAACCGCCAAUGAUCGACCAGAGUCGACCGCCGGAUGUUAAGCCUGAAGUUCCAAUGGAAGGCAAUCCCGAUGUGGCGACUUCAGGCGAAGUUCAGACGAAUACCGCAGUAACGAAGCCUCUCGUGUUGCCAUACAGCGAGGAAGGACGCUUCAAACCUUCGCCACCGAUGGACGCCAAAACGUUCGCUAUGAUCGUGAAACAAAUGGUAAAAUUCGACCAAAGUAUCAACAUAUUCAGUACCUUCGAAAAACACAUGGCGACGGCAGGGCAAGAAAUAGAAAAUUCUGCCUCCGAUUUAAGCGACUUUGUGGAUAUUGUGGCUAUUCAGCGAGAGCGAAUGCACCAAUUUCUUUCGGAUUUUUUGAACGACUUCGUGUUAUUGAGCGACCAACAGCACUACGAAGAUCCGACCAAUGAGCGGUUAAUCCUUGAUUACAAUCGCCGUAUGAAGGAAAGCAAAAACCAGUUCCGCAGCAAAGGUGAACGAAAGAUGACCCUUGCCGAAUCGAAAAUACUGUACCCGAAUGUAGCGCACGAGUGGCUCUGUAACGGAAAGCUAUUGCGCCUGCUGGAUCCACUGGAUGGUAACAACUACCGAACGUUUCACGAUCAGUGGGAACGCGGCCAACCAGUGAUGGUGUCGUCGGUUUCGCGUGCGAUGAACAUGGAUCUCUGGAUGCCGCAAUCGUUCGGGCGUGAUUUCGGGUGUCAGCUGAAUGAUCUGAUCAACUGUCUGAAUGGGAAGAUCGUGCGGGGUCACGAGAUGCGCGUGUUUUGGGAAGGCUUCGAACGCAUUGCCGAUCGUUUGAUUGACGAGCGUCAGCGGCCGAUGAUGCUGAAACUGAAAGAUUGGCCUCCGGGCGAUGAUUUUGCGGAAAUGAUGCCGACCCGCUUUUAUGAUCUCAUGAAAUCACUCCCACUGGCGGAGUACACAAGACGCGAAGGGCGCCUAAAUCUGGCCAGUCGACUGUGCAGCUUCUUCGUACGGCCUGAUCUCGGUCCAAAGAUGUACAGCGCUUACGGAUCAGCCUUACACCCCAACAAAGGUACCACGAAUUUGCACCUGGACAUAUCGGAUGCCGUUAACGUAAUGGUGUACGUCGGGGUACCAUCGGAUGUACGACACGAACGGUACAACAACAAAAUUCUUAAAUCGCUCGAUGCGGACGAUUGCGAUGCACCAACCAUGCGCAGAUUGAAGCAGCGACGGGAGCUACCCGGUGCGCUCUGGCACAUUUAUCAUGCUCAGGAUGCUGACAAGAUACGCUCGCUGCUUAGAACGAUCGAUCGAGAACGUGGCAAUACCGUAAAGCCGAACCAUGAUCCAAUACACGAUCAGAAAUGGUAUCUCGAUCAGAACAUGCGCCGGAGGUUGCUGAAGGAAUACAACGUCGAGGGAUACUCGAUUGUGCAAUGUGCGGGAGAUGCCAUUUUCAUACCGGCGGGGGCACCGCAUCAAGUGCGUAACCUACACAACUGUAUCAAGGUGGCGGAAGACUUUGUGUCCCCCGAGAACAUUGCGUACUGCGUGAAGUUGACGAAUGAGUUUAGACACCUUAGCAAGACGCACUCGAAUCACGAGGAUAAGCUACAGAUCAAAAACAUUAUCUACCACACGGUCAAGGACGCGAUUUCCAGUAUCGCUAAUCCAAUGAUACAAAUGGCAAACAGUUAUCGUAUAGAGAAUUGUGACUCGUAGUACAGAUAUCGACAGGUACUUUGAAAUACUGACUGUCCUUCGUUUGCUAUCAAGUUGAUUAAGGAACUAACGAACAUUAUCUGGACUAUGAAUAGUGAAGUUUAUGAUAGUGCAAAAGAUAAAUGAAUAAUAAAUUUACACAAAACCAAAAAAAUGUGAACAAAACUCCGAAUAAACGAGGCAAGUGAUGU